AUGGAUUUGGAAUCAGUAAAGAGAUACAUAGAGAAAGGAGGAGAUGAAGAUGACAAGAAAGCAACAACCAUUGAAGAAGUGCCACUCAGAUUCUUUGAAAGGUUCGUAAUGGAAGGACUUCAUAUUGAUCACAUUGAACCUGGCCGUGUUGUUUGCUCCAUGAAAGUCCCUCCUCGUCUUGUGAAUGGUGGCAAUUUCAUGCAUGGUGGGGCUGCAGCAAUGCUGGUUGAUGCGUUAGGAUCAGCUGCACUGAUCACAGUGGGAGCGUUUUUAACUGGAGUUUCUGUGGAAAUUAGUGUUUCAUACUUUGAUGCUGCUUAUGCAGAUGAAGAAAUCGAGAUAGAAGCCAGGGUUCUAAAUGCGGGUAAAGCUGUUGGAGUUGCAAGCGCUCUGACAUUGAAAAUUGAGCUCAGGUGCAUGGUGCAUUUGAUGGCUUUAGAAAGUAACUAG